AUGCCACCUAUCGAGAAACCCAAGACUCACUAUGACAUGCUUGUCAUCGGUGGCGGCUCCGGUGGUAUGGGAGCUAGUCGUCGUGCAGCCAAGUAUGGCGCUAAGGUGGGUGUGAUUGAGGAGUCAGGCAAGUUGGGUGGCACUUGUGUCAAUGUAGGCUGUGUGCCCAAGAAGCUGAUGUGGCAUGCUGCAGACCUGCAGGACAGACUGAACGAGGCGGCUGAGUACGGCUUCCGGGAGGCGGGACAUUCGUUCAACGUGCCCACAGUGGACUGGGCCUACUUGGCGGAAAAGCGCGAUGCUUACGUGCAUCGUUUGAAUGGGAUCUACGAUAGCAACCUCCAAAAGGACAAUGUGGAUUACAUCUCCGGUCAUGGCAAGUUGCUCGGUAACGGUAAGGUCCUGGUCACACCUGGCGUGGAUGGCUCGCUGGAGAAGGAGGUGACACUCACAGCUGACCACAUUGUGGUGGCUACGGGUGGCCGUCCUAGCAUUCCCUCAGAUGAUCAGAUCCCUGGUGCUAGCCUUGGUAUUGACUCGGACGGCUUUUUCGCUCUGCGUCAGCAGCCGAAGCGCGUCGCCGUGGUCGGUGCUGGCUACAUUGCUGUAGAGCUGGCUGGUGUACUGAAUACGCUGGGCUCUGAGACGCACUUGAUCAUCCGCCACGACAAGUUCUUGCGUAACUUUGACCCGAUCAUUUCAGAUACGCUUAUGGAUUACAUGGGCAAAACUGGGUUGACUGUACACAAGGAGACCAAUGUGAAGCGCGUGGAAGGAGAGCGUGGAGGCCCUCUUCACCUUACCUUUGAUACAGGCAAGACGUUGGAGGUGGAUUCACUGAUUUGGGCGAUUGGCCGUCACCCCAACACGUGGAACUUGGGCCUUGAAGAUAUCGGUGUGAAGCUGGAUGAGAAGGGCCAGAUUCAGGUCGACAAGUACCAGAACACAAGUGUGCCUGGCGUAUACGCUGUGGGCGAUAUUCAGGGCAAAGUCCUUCUUACGCCUGUCGCUAUUGCAGCUGGCCGUCGUCUGUCGAAUCGCCUGUUUGGUGGACCCAAAUUCAAGGAUGACCAUCUCGACUACGACAAUGUGCCAUCGGCCAUUUUCAGCCACCCAGCUGUGGGCUCUGUUGGCUUAUCGGAGCCCGAGGCGCGAAAGAAGUUUAGUCAGGACAAGAUCACCAUCUACCGCACUCGUUUCACGCCUAUGUACUAUGGUCUCCUUACCAAGAAGGCGCCUACAGCAUACAAGAUUGUGUGUGUGGGUGAGGAAGAGCGUGUAGUUGGCGUGCAUAUGGUCGGUAUGGGCUCGGACGAGUCGAUCCAGACCGUCGGCAUUGCCGUGAAGAUGGGCGCUACGAAGCAGGACUUUGACAACACUGUAGCUGUCCACCCCACGAGCGCGGAGGAGCUGGCAACAGGCCAUGUCUCUCGCCUAGCGCUACGCCGAUGCCAGCCUGUGACGAGGCUGGGCGCUCAGUCGCUGCAUACGUCGCCGAUGGCUGCGCUGCCUCCCAAGUCGCAUCCCAGCACGCAUUAUGAUAUGCUUGUGAUCGGUGGUGGCUCAGGUGGUAUGGGUGUCAGUCGCCGUGCUGCAAAGUAUGGUGCAAAAGUCGCUGUCAUUGAGGAAGCAGGCCGACUUGGUGGUACUUGUGUGAACUUGGGCUGUGUGCCUAAGAAGAUCAUGUGGCAUGCUGCGGAUCUGCAAGACAAGAUGUAUGAUGCCAUUGACUACGGCUUUACAGACGAUGGGAUUCCACACAAGAUCCCUACGGUAGAUUGGGGCGUCUUGGUGGAGCGACGUGAGGCUUACAUCCGUCGUUUAAAUGGCAUUUAUGACCGGAAUCUGGAAAAGGACCAUGUGGACUACAUUUCCGGUCACGGCAAGCUGCUGGGGAACGGCCAGGUUCUUGUCACACCUGGAGCUGAUCAGGCGCUGGACAAGGAAGUGACACUCACUGCCGACCACAUUGUGAUCGCGACAGGCGGUCGCCCUACUGUCCCAACGGAAGAGCAAAUCCCUGGCGCGAGUCUAGGUCUGGACUCGGAUGGCUUUUUUGCCCUGCAGAAGCAGCCCAAGCGCGCCGCCGUGGUUGGUGCAGGCUACAUUGCUGUGGAGUUGGCGGGUGUGUUUCGUGCUCUGGGCACCGAGACGAGCAUGAUUAUCCGCACAGACAAGGUGCUGCGUAGCUUCGAUCCCAUCAUCUCAGAUACGCUGACAGACUACAUGCACCAAUCGGCCUUGGACGUGUACACGCACUCAAGCGUUCAACGCGUGGAAGGGACCAAAGGCGGUCCUCUCCUGCUGCACCUCGAUACGGGCAAGACCCUCGAGGUGGAUACGUUGGUGUGGGCCAUUGGCCGUAGUCCGAACACGUGGAACUUGGGUCUGGAGGAGAUUGGCGUCGAGAUGGAUCGCCGGGGCAAUAUUGUGGUGGAUAAGUACCAAAACACUAAUGUGCCGGGCGUGUAUGCCAUUGGCGAUGUGCAAGGCAAGGGGCUACUCACGCCUGUAGCGAUUGCGGCGGGCCGUCGUUUGUCGAACCGCCUGUUCGGUGGCCCGAAGUUCAAAGUCGAUUACCUGGACUACGACAAUAUUCCUUCCGCGAUCUUCAGUCACCCCGCGGCAGGUACCGUGGGCUUGACGGAAGCAGAGGCGCGGGCCAAGUAUGGUGAUGACAAUGUGACGGUGUACCGUACCCGCUUCAACUCUAUGUACUAUGGCCUGCUUACGCAUAAAGUGCCUACGACGUACAAGAUUGUGUGCGCUGGCGAGGAAGAGCGCGUCGUUGGUGUGCACAUGAUUGGUCUGGGCUCGGAUGAACUGAUCCAAGUGGUAGGCAUUGCCGUGAAGAUGGGCGCUACGAAGAAGGACUUUGACAACACUGUGGCUGUCCAUCCGACGAGUGCAGAAGAGUUGGUGACGACCUAUGAACCAGUCAAGGCAUAA